AUGUCAGAUUGCACGAAAGGAACAAAAAAUAUCUGGUCAUUGAUUACUAUUACGCAAUUAGUCUCUGCCAUUGCAUCUCUUGGAGAUCGUGUCGAUGAGCUUGGGGAAGAAACAUGGCGAUUAAAUGCUAAUUUCAAUAUACAAUCUUCCUUAUGGACUGAAGUUAUGACAAAAUUAGAAAUCGAACAUACAGAAAGGCUGCGUCACUCAUUGUACAAUAUUUGGCGCUCAGACAGUUAUAAUAUUCAUGCACUUGUUGAGAAAGAGACAAGAAUUGUUAAACAUAACGAUAUAGAUCGUAAUGAUACGGAGGAAGAAAAGAAAUCAACAGCAUUAAAGAAGAAAAAAGUAAAAUUAGUUCCGGAUCGAUCAGUACCAAUACCUGAUCAACCGAACACACGUGCUAAUAAAGCGGAACAAAGCGACGAGAAUGGAAAACAAAAUUCGACAAUCGAGAAAUUAACAUUUGUUAUGAGUCCAGUUGAAUGGAAAACUGCUUUUAGCAAUUCACAAAAAAAAAUGAAUGAUGGUUGGAGAAAAAUAUUUUCUGAAAUAAUAAGAACACAUGGAAUCGUAUGCAACUUGAGAUUUGGAAAACCAUAUAUUCUCAAAGGAACCAGAAAAAGAGUAUGCAAACCAUUCUGGUGUUGUGCUGUGUGUACUAGUAGUGAAUGUACCAGAUCAUAUCGUAUUACGCUUGAAAAUAAACCAGAUGUUUAUACAGCAGCAUUAUUCCUUAUGAAAAUUUCAGGCGUGGAAAAACAUACAUCGGAAACUGAAAUAAUGACACAGCAACUACGCGGAGCAGAGCGUUUGCGUGUUGGUGAACGAGCAAAUGAUAUUGGACCAUUAGCAGUAUUUCGUGAGCGUGUGGAAGCGGCCGACGAAAAACUACUUGCCGUUGGUAAUUUUGGAAGAGUUGAAACAAUAGAAACGAUAAAAAAAGCAUCAGCUGAUUUUCGAAAGAAAAUGAAGUACGAUGAAAAUGCAUAUGCAGAAUGCCGCAUUAUCGCCAUUUCAUAUCUUGACGCUGACAUUAUAUAUAAAAAAGUUCCAGGAUAUGUUCAAGCAGUUGGUGAAAUGCCAUUUCGUAUACAUCUGUUUUCACAAUUACAAAUAGAAAGAUAUAUCAGCUAUUGUACACAACAAAAGUAUUCAUUUAUUCAUAUAGAUGCUACAGGUGGAAUCUUAAAAAAACUACAACAACAACAUGAUUCGUACAUGUAUAGUAUCGUUUUUAAAGAUGGAACUGAUGCAAAUGAUGUUAUUUCACUUGCACAUGCAAUUCUUACAGAUCAUACAGUUCCUAGUAUUGGCUAUUUUUUUGGACAUUUAGUAAACAACAUCAUCAAAGUUAAACGUAAAUUGAUUCUUCCUUCUUUCUUUGUUAUUGAUUUCUCUGCUGCACUAAUGAACUCCAUUCUUCAAGCAUUCAACGUCGAAAGCAUUAAUACUCAUUUAAAUCGGUGUUGGAACGUUUUGUCUGGAAAAUAUAAUGCUACAGAAUUACGAUCAUUAUCAUUUAUUCAUCUUUGUUGUUGUCAUGUUAUACACGCAUUUGCACGAAGUUUGAAUGCCAUGCGCAUAGAUAAGACAAUUCGUCAGGGUAUAUUACAUAUAUUUGUAUUUAUUUUAUGCGAUAAUGAUAUCAAUCGAUUAUACGAAACACUUGGCUCCGUUGUAAAUGUAUUCGGUGAUCCUAAUGAAAAAGAUGCUCAGCAAAAAUUUCAACAAAUGCAUUCUCUUCUCUUCAAUGUUGAUGAAGAAAGUGCAGCACUAUUAUCAGAUAAGAGGAAGAUAUUGAAAGAAGCAAAGAGGCGAAACGAAGAAUUAAUAAUUGUUGAUGAGUAUUUUCGAACCAGUGCUCCUAUUAUUCAUCAAUCACCAUUCAACAGAGAAGCAAUUCGUCUUUAUCCAAACCUUGCAGCUCUUAUCAAUAAAAAGUCAAAAUAUGACAAAGUAACUAAUCCAUUAUUUUCUCCACAAAUUAUACGCUUAUUUUAUCGAUGGUGGGCUUAUUUACCUUUAUGGACUGGUUUAUUAUGGAAUUUUGAAGAGCGGUAUUGUAGUGAUACCAAAAGAAAAUUAUCAGCAAUUUACAAUCCUAUUCGAUAUUCAAAUGCUUUGGUCGAAAGUUACUUCCGUACAGUGAAGGCAAGUAUAUAUGGUAGGAAACGCAAUAAUACACCAGGUGAUGCGAUUAGAAAGCUUUAUCGAAGUGUGCAAGCCCAAUUUAAAGCAAAUAAGUUUGGUGUAACGCAAAGUUCAAAAGGAAGAAAACGACAGAAUAAGAAAUCGCGUGAUUCAAUGGACGUGACUGAUGGAACUGAUGUUUUAAUGGAAAAAUGGAAGAAAAAAGGUGAACAACGAAAAGGUUUAUAUACAUGUGUAAUUGAUAAACAUGCACCAAAACGUACUCAGUUAAAUACGAAUGAUGCUCAAUCUUCCCGUUUUAAACGAAGCAUUAGUGGAUCGGAGGACAGUACGUCUAUGUCAUCAUUAUAUCGAUCGAUUUCAUUGGAUUCAUCAACUGAUUAUAAUUUUUCCAAAAAAUGUUUGGAACAUGAUCCAAAAACAUCGCCAAUCUUCAUGUCUAGUUCUAAUUCAAUCAAAAAUGUUCAACCAUCGUCGAAUAAUCAAAUUUGUAAAGUCAAAAUAUCACUUAAUAGUCAUGCUGUUGAAGAGGACGUUGAAAAGAAAAAAAAGAAGAAAGUGCGAGGAGAAGAGGAAGAGACGGAGGAGGAGGAUGAGGAGGAAGAAGGAGAUGAUAAUGAUGACGAAGAGGAGGAAAGAGAUGACGAUAGUGACGAAGAGGAGGUAGAAGAUGAUGAUGAUGAUGAUGAAGAAAACAAUUUUGAUUGUUAUGAUCAACAAAACGAAAUUUCAUCUGUAUAUGAUUUUGACAAGAAAAUUGUAUGUCCGGAUCCUGCCACGACCUGUCCUGUUGAAAAAGAAAUUUCAACAACUAAACGGUUAAAAAUAAAAGCACUUGUCAAACCUUCAAACGAACCUGACAUAAAUAUUGACGGUUACAUAAUAAGAUGGCCACGAUUUGGAAUAAAUAACGUUUUUUUCAAAGAUCUCUAUUAUAAGCUGACUAAUACGUGUGCAACAGAUUCAGGAUUAUUCGUUCUUUAUUUUAUAUACAAAACUGAUCUUGAUCUUGCUGACAUUUUUGAAGAUGCACCUUCAACAUCACCAUAUUCAAGUCUAGCUCGUGUUUUUCGAAUAGUCGACACUGAAGGCUGGGAUAUUGCUCGUCUUACAUGGUUAUAUAUAAAUGGAAUUUUGGACAAGUUCGCUCGAAAAGAAAAUCUUUUUGGUUCCAUCGACGCACAAGUAUUUCAUUUUAUAAAAGAAGAACAACGUUAUUCCUAUGAAACUGUAUGUUCUCGGCCACAAUGUAAGUUGAAGAAUCGUCAUAGUUCAUCAACAGAAUUGGUUAUUUUCACCGGAGACGAUUACAUUAGAGAUUUUGAAGAAGGUACUAUCGACAUAUGCGACAUAGUAAUGGCACGUCAUGAUGAAUUAACUCCAGCAGAUGCACAAAAACAAAAAUAUCGAGAAGCUCCUAUGCAUGUAAUUGAUGGACAAAGCGGAAAAAGUGAAUAUGAACUUGUAUGGAAAUGUAAUUCGACCAUACAUACAUCACCAGCAACGUUUACGUAUAAUACUCCACCAAUAGUUAUAUGUCAUGUCAGACAUUUGUCAAAAAGAAGUGAAGAAGGUUUCGCCGAUUAUACACCUCGAAUACGUGAUUUAAAACGAAAAUUACAAAUUAAUUCUGUCGAAUAUCGAUUACGUGGUGUUAUUCAACACACCAGCACACCAAUUGAACAUUUUACUGUUACAUUAAUCGGGUUUGAUGGUCAACUGUACCUGUACGAUGAUUUAAAAGGGGUUAAAUCAGUUACGACGUCAACUGGCCAUGUCGUAUAUGCAAUAUAUACAAAAAUAUAUACAUUUGAUAACUGUUAG